AAGUGCACAAAGUGUCAAAGAAAUAACCAAAACACUGAGAGAAACGAAGAACUUUAAAGAAAAUAAUAAUAAACUUUUGUAAUGAAACAAGAGUAAGGGAAUCAGUUCGCUGUUCAGAUAUUUAUGAAUAAUAUUUGAUGUCGUUUAUAAAGUGUUAAAAAUGACAACUAACGAAAAGGAUGCAGAAAAAAGUGAACAACAGACAGAUUCGGAAAACAAAAUAGAAAAUGCGGAAGACGAGAAAGCAGCCCUCGAUGAAUAUACAUCUAACCUCGAAGCCAGGGUAAAGCAGAAAACUGAACUUCGAAAUCAAAAUUUAAAUUGUGUACGUCCGCCGGAUAACUACUUUUCUAAAUUGGACUCUGGUUUAAAAAAGAACACGACUUUCGUGAAGAAAUUAAAGUCGUUUAGCGCUACACAAAUUGAUACACUUUUGAAAGACUUCAAUGGUUUAAAUCUCACGAAAUAUAUAUCAGAAGUAGCUGCUGCGAUUGCAGAGGCUAAGCUGAAGAUGUCUGAUAUUGCAGCUGCUAUUAAUCUAUGUUCAGCACUUCAUCGCACCUAUGCAGAUUUUUCAUCAAAUUUCUUUGAAAACUGGCAGAAAAUUCUUACAUUUAAAGCUACUGAUAAAAUUACUAACUCUUCUAAAUUGCGAGUGGAUAUAAGAUUUUAUGCUGAACUGGUAGCAGUUGGUAUAUUCACAAAUAAAAUGGGACUCCCUCUGUUGGGCAAUGUCCUCACAGUGCUUAUAAAUAUGGAUAAAGAGGAGCAUAACAACAUACCAAUUCUUUUGUCAUUUUGUAAACAUUGUGGUGAAGAUUAUGCCGGAUUAGUUCCAAAGAAGAUCAGGGAAGCUGCUGAGAAACACAAUGUAACAAUUCCUAGGAAUCCAUUCCUGCCAGCUGAAAAACAGACAGCAGUAAGAACUCUGCUCAAAGAUUACUUUUUAUCCUUAACUAAGCAUUUACUGGCUGAGAGGGCUCAGCUGCAGGCCCUGCAUGCGGCCAAUCAGAGAACUUUACACACCAGAGGUGAACUGUCACAGGAAAGGAAAGACCAACUAGAACAGCAUCAGGCUACUUAUGACAAGCUGCUAGCGGGCGCCCAAAGCUUUGCAGAAGUGCUGGGAGAAGAGUUGGGGGAAGCAGGAGAACCCCCAACCUUGACAUUGACAGUAACUGAAACACAAGGCACUGUCACCAUAGGAGGCAAUGAGGAGUUCACCAUGCAGGCUGGCACAGAUCCCUGGCAAGAUGAGGAUACCAGAACAUUUUACACCAGCUUGCCAGAUCUGAAAGUAUUUAUGCCCAACUAUCAAAUGAAAGAGACUGUAAAAAGUAAGCCAGAAACUGUAACAGAAGAGAUGUUGGAUGAAGAUCUAAAGGAGGAUGAGCUGAGUGACAGUGAGGGACCCUCCACUGUGCCCGAUAUGGAGCAGGAAGAGGCACAGCCAUCCAAUGUUUCUAACAAAUAUGCCCUGGAUGCAUUCUUGAAUGAGCUGCCAAAUUGUAUCAAUAGAGAAUUGAUUGAUAAUGCUGCUGUGGAUUUUGUUUUGAAUCUCAACACAAAGAAUAAUCGGAAGAAACUGACAAGAGUCCUGUUCAGUGUUGCCAGGACUAGGCUAGAUCUAUUGCCUUUCUACUCGAGGUUUGCGGCAAUACUGUACCCAGUUCUACCUGAUGUUUGUGCAGAUUUGUGUCAGAUGUUGAAACAAGACUUUAGAUAUCAUGUGAAGAAAAAGGAUCAGAUCAAUAUUGAGUCCAAGAUAAAAGUGGUGCGAUUCAUUGGUGAAUUGGUAAAAUUCAGCCUUUACUCUAAAAUGGAAGCACUGUACUGUUUAAAAGUACUCUUGCAUGACUUCAAACAUCAUCAUAUUGAAAUGGCAUGCAAUCUGUUGGAGACUUGUGGCAGAUUUUUAUAUUGUAAUCCAGAUACACAUCAACGCACUAUGAUAUAUUUACAGCAAAUGAUGAGGAAAAAGACUGUAUCAGCCCUAGACUCGCGUUACGUGACGCAAAUAGAAAAUGCAUUUUACUAUGUAUGUCCUCCUGAAGCGCCAGCUCAACCGAAGGAAGAAGAGCCGCCGAUGCACCAGUUCAUAAGAAAAGUACUCCAUGAAGACUUGCAGAAGAGUAAUGAGGAGAAGAUUCUGAGAUUAAUGCGAAAGCUCAAUUGGGAUGAUCCAGACACUGCCGCUAUUGCUAUACAGCACCUCGCCGGCGGCUGGCGCGUGCGGGCUAGUGCCCGCAGAGCGCUAGCGCGGCUCACCGCAGAGCUAGCCGCCUGGCAGGAAGCUGUAGCCCCCGCCGUCGUCGACACUAUCCUCGAAGAGAUCAGAGUCACUAUGGAGGACCCACACCCCAGAUACAAUCAGAGGAGAAUAGCCACUGUCAGAUACCUCGGAGAGCUGUACAAUUACAAGUUGCUAGACUCCCGUGACGUGUUCACAGUUCUGUAUUCGUUCAUAACUUUCGGAGUAACGAACGACCAUGCUAACGUGUCUCCUCUCGACCCGCCAGAUAACGUGUUCAGAAUAAGACUUGUGUGCGCUCUUCUCGAGACUUGUGGCGCCUAUUUUAACAGUGGAUCAAGCAAAAAGCGACUAGAUUACUUUUUGACGUUCUUUCAAAAUUACUACUGGUUCAAACAAUCUGAUCCCCAUUGGACUGAUGACAACAUGUUUCCUAUUUAUGUAAAGUACAUAUACCAAGAAUGUUUGACUACUCUGAGGCCUAAGUUGACAUUGUUUAAUAGUUGGCAAGAAUGUAAAGACGCAAUAGAAGAGUUGCGUCAAACUUUAUACCCAGAGCUAGGCGAAGACGAUAAUGAUAACGAUGACAUGGGCGACGACAGCGUCAACGAGGGACUGGAUACUAUUAUUGAGACUGAUGACGAAACAGAUAAUCCUCAACUUCCUGAGGAAAGUUCUGAUGAGGAGCCCAUCACAGAGAAUACUGGGAAUGAUGAUAAUGACCUUCAGCAAAAUGAUGAUAUUACAAUAGAGCCAAGGAGACCUGCUCCGAAACCAGUAGAGGAUGUUGAAUUUGAAUCAGCAUUCGAAAAGAUGGUAAUGGAAAACAUUGCAGAGCGACAACGUGAGACGAGGCCUCAACAGCGAGAUAUUGCCGUGCCCAUGACCUGCAGACAGACAACAAAGAAAACAUAUGAACAGUUAUUGCAAGGUAAAGAGGGCGUAGCAUUCGUGUUGAUGAUGCGAAAGGGUACUAAGCCGCAAUACAAGUCGUUCAAUGCUCCACCCGAAUUAGCAAGCAACCUCCAGCAGCAAGCCUUAGCCGAUAAACAGGAGAUGGAGAGGAUGAAACUAUUAACCCUGAACAUAUCAGAAAGGCAAGAAGAGGAGGAAUACAGCGCCGAAAGCGGAGGAGGUUCGGGAGGCAGCGGCAAUCCCAACAGGGGACAACACGUUCGACAGAAAUAUCAACACCCAAAAGGCGCGCCCGAUGCCGACCUUAUAUUUGGACCUAAAAAAUUUAAAUAAUGAAGUGAAGUGAUGUGGUCACCUAAUCAAUUUUUAUGAAAUCUUUAUUUUAUUCAUUUUUCUGCAGUUUUAUGUUUAGGCAGUUGAGUAGAUUUUUUUAUGACGUGUUUAAUAAAGCUUAACUUCUCUGCAGGUAAAGAAGUCGAUUAUUUGUGUUAUAUGCUACAUAUAUAUGUUUUGAAAUAUACUAUGUAUCUCAGAAAUAAAUGAGAGUUUAUAUAGA